UUUAUCUGGCAUCUCUGGUUUUUGUCGAAAUCAACACGCGUCGCGUGCAGAUUUCGAGAACUGUUUCUGAAUAUAUUUUCAAGAAUUUUCCGCAAAAAGGAAAGCAGGUCACAAUGUCGGCUAGUGAAGAUGCCGAGUAUGUGGUAGAGCAAAUUCUAGAUAAACGUGUUCGUCGAGGCAAGAUUCAGUAUUUCAUUAAAUGGAAAGACUGUAAUUCUUCGGAAAAUACAUGGGAACCAGAGGAAAAUCUGAACUGUCCAGAUCUGCUUACUCUGUUCAAACAUGAGCAAGAAAACAAGCGAUCCAAAACAAUACCGUUGCGUCGUAAGGCUUCGGAUGUAUCUGCUGACAAAAAUGCGAAUCUAGGAACAGUCGAAUAUGUUGAGAAUAAACACGGUAAUAACGAUGAAGGUAACGAAGGAACAAAGGCUAAGCGAGGCAAAGGAAACAGGAAAACAACAACUGAUACUGUAAAUUCAAAAAAGAACGAUCCAACAAAAGACGAUGGCUUUUCCAAGGGCUACAUUGCGGACAGUAUCUUGGGCAUUACCAUGGAAAAUGGGAAUUUGUUUUUCCUGAUUAAAUGGAGAGGCAUCGACGAAGUAGAGAUGGUGCCUUCAAAACAAGCUCGGUUGCAUAUUCCAAUCAAAGUGAUUGAAUUCUACGAGGAUCGAAUCAUUUGGAAUUCCAAGGAUCGAUCGUAGAUGUUGACUUUGUUCUGUUAUAAAAUCAUUUGUUUGUCAUGAGCUAAAAAAAUGAAUUGAAUGAAAUGUUUAGUUUAUAUUGGAGAACUAAUAAAAUCGAACGUUCAUGUAGAUA